AUGGGCACCGUGCUGAGUGUUCUGUUGCUCAGUGUUCUGUUCUGCUGCGCAUCAAGGAAGCGCAAAGCCAUCGAUAGUCACGAUGCUGUCCCUGCAAAGAAAAUGCGAGUGGGUUUGGCCAUGGAAUUGACUGCGCCUGACGGUGAUUUGACAGUUGAAGAGUUCUUCACAGCUGAGUCAUCUUCCGUUGCAGCCAUCGAAACCGAUCAAGAUGCACCUUCUGUCUCACGUUCUGUCGCAGUGAUCCAAACGGAUCAAGAUGCUCUAUGCAGUGUUCCCAAUGAGCUCGUCAUCGCAAUAGCCGAGUUGCUGCCCGACAGCGACGUCGUGCAUAUGAGCAUCCUCUCUCGUCGUCUGCACUAUAUUGCGGUUCCUAUAUAUCUUCGUCGACACGGCCUACGUAUUUCCGGAGAAAACAAAGCUAUCGUUCUCCUCAGAGAGGAUGCCGUGGCGACUCUUUCUUUUUGGCGACAUACACUGCUAUUCCAAUGCCCGCGGACAAUCCGUGUCACCAUUAACUCGGACAAUUUGUCCGAGUACGUCCAGUUGGGCCACUUCUUCUCGUCUCUAGAGCCUACUUCUCCGUUGCGGACCGUGAAGCUCGUCUUCAACGCAUCUCCAGGUGGUCAGUUGAUAAACUUGUUGGAAACGUUGCGACAUAGCUGUGUUUCGGACAUCACGCUAUGGCAUAGAAGUAACAAGAUUUGCCGCCCCGCCUUACCAUCCAAGCCCAUUUCUUGCACGCAGAUCUCCUCUUUCCCUUCCCUGGAGACUUUUCAGCCUCAGGCGGCCAUGCUGUUCGAUUCCUCUCUGUGUCAAUGGACACUGACGAUGAUCAAUUCGUCAACCAUUGGCGAGUUAAGCCUGAUUACGCCCGGUCUUGCAUCCCCACCCUGGUCUCACAUUCUUGAGCGUCUCGUGAUCCCUUCCCUCCAUAUCCUACGCAUCGAGGGUGAACUUACUCAGAUUGCCCUCGAUCGAUUCUUACGACGCCAUGGCGGAAUGCGGGAACUUCAUAUUGGGUACCAUUCGGAUUGUGGCGGUGCAGCCCGUCGACGAUCUCCGCCUCCAGAGUUACCUCAUUUGCGGGUCCUCGCAGCACCGCUCACGUAUCUCCCCCGUUUAUUGGGCGACGAGCGAAUGAGGAUCACUACCUUGGAGAGGUUGACCAUCCUUCCUGAUUUCGAUUGCGACAAUACCGCCGAGUUCGUUUGCAACUUCUCCAAAGUGCUCGUGCUUGUCUCCGAGCUUCAGGACCUAUGGUGGCUCAAUUGCACCUUGCCUCCUUUAUUUGCAGCAGAUGUUGAUGAGACUGUGAGCGGUGGCUUUGGCCUUCAGAUAUUGGAUGCUCUAUUUCCUCAGAUAAAGUGCAUCGUUCUGGAACAAGCGUCAAGGGAGAACCGACAGGAUUCAUUCAGUAUGACACUCCUGAACUACCUACCCCGUUGGUUGCGGCAAUUCCCUGCUCUGUCAUCCCUGCAGCUGUGGGAGGACGCUGCCGUUGACCGGACAGAGGAAAUGGCACGCCUUUGCGCUGCAUGUGCUACUCUAUCCGAUUUCUGGAUGUAUUCUGGUGGGAAGGAUCUGAGCUGGAAGUUCACUUCGGCGGAGGCAUCAGAUGGUCCCCAGUGA